AUGGGCAUAAACAAGAGCAGUGUCAAAGAAGACUUCAUUCUGACAGGCUUCUCUGAUCAGCCCAGCCUGGAAAAGAUACUCUUUGUGGUAAUUUUGGUAUCCUAUCUCCUGACUCUUAUGGAAAAUACAAUCAUUAUUCUGAUCUCCUCCAUAGAUUCUAAACUCAAAACACUUAUGGACUUUUUCGUCACUCGCCUCUCCCUAGUUGAUAUCUGCUUUACCACCAGUAUUGUCCCCCAACUGCUAUGGAACCUAAGAGGACCAGCCAAGACCAUCACAGCCCUGGGCUGUGCUGUUCAGCUCUAUAUGUCCCUGGCCUUGGGCUCCACUGAGAGUGUUGUCCUGGCUGUAAUGGCUUUUGAUAGAUACGCUGCAGUUUGCAAACCUCUCCACUCUGCAGCUGUGAUGAACCCACAGCUGUGCCAGGCUCUGGCAGGGCUGGCGUGGCUGAGUGGGGUAGGGAACACUCUCAUCCAGAGCACUGUCAUGCUCUGGCUGCCUAACUGUAGACACCGGCAGCUUCAUCAUUUCUUCUGUGAGAAACCCUCAAUGAUUUAGCUUGCAUGUGUAGACAUCCAUGCCAAUGAAGUACAGUUAUUCAUCGCUUCAUUGGUCUUGCUUCUCUUGCCCUUAGCACUGAUAUUGAUGUCUUAUGGACAUAUAGUCAAGACAAUUAUAAGGAUCAAGUCAGUCCAGGCCUGGAAUAAAGCCCUAGGAACAUGUGGAUCCCAUUUGAUAGUGGUGUCCCUCUUCUAUGAGACUAUCACAGCUGUCUACAUCCAGCCCAACAGCUCUUAUGCCCACAGUCAUGGGAAAUUCAUCUCCUUCUUCUAUACAGUAGUGACUCCCACCCUCAAUUCUCUUAUCUAUGCACUGAGGAAUAAAGAUGUGCAAGGAGCCCUGGGAAGACUAUUUCACAGAGACCUAAGCUCUUAA